AUGAAGAACUCCAAUAGCUCUUUGGAGUUCCUGCCUACAACCUUCAUUCUGGUUGGCAUCCCAGGGCUUGAGGCAGAGCACAUCUGGAUAUCCAUCCCUUUCUGCAUGAUGUACAUUAUCAUCUUCCUUGGGAAUGGUAUCAUUCUUCAUGUCAUCAGAACGGACUCUGCCCUACACCAGCCCAUGUACCUCUUUCUUGCCCUGUUGGCACUGGCUGAGGUCGGUGUCUCUGCAUCCACUCUUCCUACAGUGCUGGGCAUCUUCCUUUUUGGCUCUACUGAGAUUAGUUUUGAUGCAUGCCCUCCAGAUGUUCUCCAUUCAUUCUUUCUCCAUUAUGGAAUCAGCUGUUUUGCUGGCCAUGUCUGUGGACCGAUUUGUGGCUAUUUACAGCCCACUGCACUAUACAGCCAUCCUGACUCGGUCUCGUGUAUUUGGCACAGGGGUGAUUAUUGGGCUGAAAAGCAUUAUGCUCAUGGCCCCAUUGCCCAUGCUCCUAAGGCUCCUGCCCUUCUGUGGCCACAAUGCCCUCUCCCAUUCCUAUUGCCUCCACCCCAACCUUAUCAUCUACCAUGUGGGGACAUUUCUAUCAACAAUAUCUAUGGGCUUUUCAUCGUUACCUCCACUUUUGCACUAGAUUCACUGCUCAUUGUGAUCUCCUAUGGACUCAUACUCCACACUGUACUGAGUAUCACCACUGGAGAAGGGCGGAGGAAGGCACUCAACACGUGCAGCUCACAUGUCUGUGCUGUGCUUGCUUACUACGUGCCUAUGAUUGGCUUAUCUAUGGUGCACCGCUUUGGACACCCUGUGGCCCCUUUGCUGCAUGCUAUGAUGGCCAAUGCUUACCUCUUCUUGCCACCUGUUGUCAACCCCAUUGUUUACAGCAUGAAGACCAAGGAGAUCCGUCACGGCAUUGUCCGGAUUCUAUCAGAGAAGAGACCCAGAAUUUAG